UGGGCUCUCAUCUCAUUUUGCACAUCUGGCUGAACUGGAGUCAGGUGGUUCACUCGUUCCUGGCAGAGGCAGUCUGCGGCGGUGACAUCUCCCUUUUAUAAUCCUUCACCUCAGCCACUGGGAAUCAACCAGGCCAUGGAUACAGUGGCUGUGUAUCACGGUAAAAUCAGCAGAGAGACCGGAGAGAAGCUCCUGCUCGCGACAGGGUUGGACGGCAGCUAUUUGCUGAGGGACAGCGAGAGUGUUCCGGGCGUGUACUGCCUGUGUGUGCUGUAUCAAGGUUACAUUUAUACAUACCGAGUGUCCCAGACAGAAACAGGUUCUUGGAGCGCUGAGACGGCACCUGGAGUACAUAAAAGAUUUUUCCGGAAAAUAAAAAAUCUCAUUUCAGCAUUUCAGAAGCCAGAUCAAGGCAUUGUAAUACCUCUGCAGUAUCCAGUUGAGAAGAAGUCCUCAGCUCGAAGUACACAAGGGAGAAGAGAUUCUGAUGUUCUCCUGAAAGCACCAUGAUGAAAAAGAAAACACCUUGUACUUUAUUUUCAAUAAUUUAAAUACAUGUUAAGUCUUGUGUAAUGUAGAUAAUACAGUUCAGUGAGCUAUAAAUGCAUUUCUAACACAACUGUAGUCCUGCAAUGCAAGCAUCUUGCCUCAUAUUAAAGCUGAAAUGGACAUUGUAAAUGAUGAAAAGCUUUGAAAUGAAGAUUGAGAAAAAAUAAUUUCAGUUACUGUAUUUUCAAAUGGGAAAGAAUUUAAGGUAUAAUCAAUAUUUUAUAAAAUAUUGUCACUUCUUGCCAAACAUAAAUAAAAUAAUCCCCAGCUUUUGUCAAAGCACCCACUUUAGUGAUAUAUUAUUUGAUAGUUACUAUUUUCCUGAGUGUAUGUUGAGAAUGUGAUUGGCGUCCCUCAUCUUUGUCACGUACUGUUCUCCUCUAGCUAUUGUGUCAUAGGCUCUGUUGGGAUUUAUAAAGCUAUCUGUUGACACAAAUACUAGGUAAAUAGUGAAGAAUUUCUGCUUAAAUUUGAAAGCAACUUUCUUGUCUAAUGUUCUGAUGUCAUAUAGUAUACCAAUCUGUAGUCAUAUAGUAGACUCCAUAUAGUAGACCAAUCUGGAGUUUAAAAUCUUGUAAUUUAAAAUAGGCUCUAAGUUUUUAUUGUAUUUGAUGCUUACAGGAUUAGAAAUUAUAUUUAGAAAUCUGAUGAUGUGGAUUUUUCUUUUGCUUUAUCUCUGUCCCAAGUUUUCCUACUGUAUGUAAACUUUCCUUUGCAAAGGAAUUUUCAGCAACUCGAGCUUGUGGUUAACUGAUGCAUAAGCAGUCUCCCUUGCAGGUAACCUUACAAGUCUACUUUUGAAAGCUUAUGCUUACAUUCAUUUUUAACAAUUCUGAGUCUUUGAAACCUAAGUAAUAGUCAAAAUGCACUAUUUUCUUCUAAAACUUAUAUUUUAAUGACUUUUGUGAAUGAUUAUAUGCCAAGUUGUUUUAAGAGUCAAAUAAUUCAUCUAUCUUACAAACAUAAUGGGAUACUAGGGGAGUAGAGAAGUAAAAAUAUCUGAGCCCUGCCCUCACAUGGUCCAUUGUUUUGUUAGACCAGAAAACUGUAGUAGUAAAAGAUAAUAAAAGCAAAUUUAAAAGGCAAUCACAAAAUAAUAAUUAAGGUUGAUAAGUAUGUAAGUCAGGGUCUCUGUGUAGGUAGAUCUGGUAUUAGAGGAAAGAUGAAUCAACACAAAUACUCUGGUCCACAGGAAAAGUCUGUUUCAUUGUAAACUGAGGACGCUCGAAUUUUGGGCUGUGUGUGAAUGCUGUGAACUUGGUUAGUGACUAGUGAACUGCUGAAAGACAGAGCUACUCUUUAUGUGCUGCAAGUUCUGAUUUCUAAACAUUUAGUGUAGUAGAGUACGGCCAUGGUUGUACAUUGUGGGCAGUUCAUCAUUUCUUGAAGGAAGAACAUCAAAUGUAAUUUAUAAGGGAAUUCAGAAGCCAACUCCACACUGCUUCUUUGGCGUGAGAAACCAAAAGUGCAAAUAAGGACCAACAUGUAUAAUAGAUAUUGUGAAAUAGGAAGAAAAUGUUCAUAUGAGAAGGAGAACUGUGGAGGGGCGAGGGGGAAGGAAGGGAGGAAAAAGAAAAAAGAAAGAAAAAAGAAAGAAAUCUAUAAAUGAGGAAGGGAGGAGGCAAUUGGAAAAAAUGCUCAAGAUAUAUUAUGUACAGGUACAAGCAUCCUAUGAUGAACGUGAUCCUUAUGUAUAUCUAAAUGUACCAAUAAACUUAAUUAAAAAAGAAAUGAAUCACAGAGUAUUUAAUAAAGUGCUGUUUGUAACUUCAAAAAGUUCCCAAAAUGCAUAUAUUUAAAUACAUUCUAAUUAUUUGUAGCUUGAGUUUAAAUUUUAGUACUUGUUACUAAUUUUUAUGCUAAUUUGUUAGUUCUGGACUAAAUGAGUGACAUUUGUAUGUUCUUUUACAAAAGCCAUUCUUGAAAAAGCUUUCUGGCAUCAUUAGUGAUCUUUAAUAUUGUAACAAAAUAUUUGAAAGCUUUGUGUAUCUAAUUUGUCUUAAAAUAUUACUUUAACAAUAUUCAGGGACAGAUGCUAUUAAUAAACAAGGAACUGAUGAAGA